ACACCAACCAUCCAGUCCACGCAGAUGAGUUCAGCCAUAGCAUUGAAUACUCCUGGCUUAAGAAGAAGGACACACAGGGCAAAGACACUGGGAAAAUAGAGAGUGAGGUGGUUGCUGUUCCUCUUGUGAAGGGAGGAUGGGUGAGAGAUGCUCUUAGUCAGGACCCAAUUCAGCCAUCUGGUUCUGAAGAACUCCGUAAAGUGAAUCAGGUUCUGAGAGCAGCUUCUGAGGAGAACCGCAGGCAGGGCACAGAACCGUCCCGUCGCUUCCUGGUGGAUCUGAACACAGGCCUGCUGAAGGACUAUGUCGACGAGAUGAACAGGAGACCAUCAGGAUUCUACGUCCCUCCACACAGCGAUGGCUUCAGGCAGGGCACAGAGAACUCCCAGGCCACCCUGGUGGACGUCAGGACAGGCCUGGUGCUGCAGCCCGCCUCCGAGAUGCGUAUGCGGGGAUUCAUAGCAGGUAAUUUCCAUCGUCAUGCCGAGGAAGCCAAACGUGAGAGUGAUCAGGCCAAAGUAAGAGCGCCAAGAGUCAACUCCAUCAACACUGCAUCUGUUGAGGAGAACCGCAGGCAGGGCACAGAACCGUCCCGUCGCUUCCUGGUGGAUCUGAACACAGGCCUGCUGAAGGACUAUGUCGACGAGAUGAGCAGGAGACCAUCAGGAUUCUACGUCCCUCCACGCAGCGAUGGCUUCAGGCAGGGCACUGAGAACUCCCAGGCCACCCUGGUGGACGUCAGGACAGGCCUGGUGCUGCAGCCCGCCUCCGAGAUGCGGAUGCGGGGAUUCAUAGCAGGUAAUUUCCAUCGUCAUGCCGAGGAAGCCAAACGUGAGAGUGAUCAGGCCAAAGUAACAGGGCCAAGAGUCAACUCCAUCAACACUGUUUCAGAAACGAUCCCUGUUGUCUCUGAGGAGUUCAAGCAUGGCAUGGAAUAUACCCAUUCUAAAAUACAGUAUGAGAGACAUAAUGAAAUAAUGGGGCCAAUGGAUGACACUGCGAACGAUGAGUUCAGCCAUAGUCUCGAGUUCUCCCAUUUCAAAAAGAGGAACGACAUCAUGGGACCAGCCAGGAGGACAGACACAGCUGUGUGGUUGAGGGAGACACUUCCUGUGGGGGUGAAGUGCUCAGGUGAAAUCAUUGACGGCAGGUGCUACCAGUUCAACCCGACCCCUCUGACCUUCAGUAAAGCAGAGUCCUUCUGUCAAGAUCUCUACGCUGGCGGCCAUAUUGCUGCAGUGACCAGUGCUGACCUACACAAACGCCUUGUCUCCAUGGUGACAGUAGCCAGUAAUGGCCCCACUCUCACCUGGCUGGGAGGAGUCAAAAAGGCUCAGCAGUACGAGUGGAUGGACGGCUCCACUUGGGGCUACACUGACUGGAUGCCUGGCCAUCCCAACCUGCAGAGAGGCAGGGGGGUCACAUGUGUGGAGAUGUUCAGGAUGGAGGCGAGCUGGUGGACAUCUGUGGACUGCAACCUGAAGAGGGCUUCCAUCUGCUCUUUCCCCAUGGCAGCAUGAAGGGCCACCCAGCAUCUCAGUACUUGGGAUUAAUUGAUUUAGAUAAAUGUAAUGCUACUUUAUGAAUUAAAAUAAAAGUGUGGUGACAUAAAAACAA